GGUUAGUCGGGCCGAGGUGGGCGGAUAAGAAGCGGAUAACAGACAGAAAAUCCGUAGUGAUAACCGUACAAAAGAAGAAGCGGUGAAGAAGUGGUUCACUUUGUCGGAGAAGGCGUUCGGAUAGAAUUCGAACCCUGUCCCGUGGAAGGGCAACGUCGCGAAAGGGGGCAGAGUGGGGCGAGACAGGUGCUGGCCUCGGGCCUGCGGCCAAGCUGGUAACUAGCGUUCCUCCUUCUGAUCCGGACUCUCAAUCCCAACAGUCAACUGCUUGCUUAUUGUAUGUUGAAAUGCGACGGACGGAAUUCUAGCAAGGAACUGCUGAAAUUUAUGCCGUAGCGAUGAAAGGUAAACCGCUGAGAAACAAACCAAAUACUAAACCUAUGAGGAUGAAAAAGCAAAUCAAGGCAUACAAUAAAAAAGGAAAGGAGAAAAAACAGGAUGUUUCUGUUUUGCACCAACCGGUCGACGCUUCAAUUGACUCCCUCUCAGACAUAAUAAAACUUUUCGAAGACAGCUCUCCUGAGCUCAAAAAAAUCCUAGAUGAAGAAUGUGAUAUUAUUUAUGAAUGCAAGGCGUGCAGGUCGUUAUUUAGGAGCAUGCCAAAUUUCGUUACGCACAAGCGCUCCUACUGUUUGUCCAAGUUUAAAGAGAGGAUGUCAUCGCUUAACGGAGAGUUUAAGGAGCAGACGCUGAUGCUCGGCAAACAGCGCGGAAGUAUGCUGUCAACAAGGACGACGUUGAGGAAGGACAUAUUGACUCUCCUGGACAGCGUGAGCAGCAUCAAAGUCGACUACAACAUCAAUGGGCCGUUUGUGGUACGAGAAAUGGACAAGACUUCUCAAAGCUUACUCCACAGCUUCAAUCACGAGGGAAAGCAUCCAACUGUUGAAAGAAGUGCAACGAUCGGUCCCGAUGGGCGAUUCUUGGGUGCUAAAUCACCCGAGCCCGAAGACAUCAAGUGUCCACUGUGUGAGCUUCACUUCGAUUCACAAAACGCUCUCAGCGACCACAGCCAGGAGAAGCACCCCAAACUGAAAGACUACUACGUCUGCCCGUGCUGUAAACAGUGUUUCGUUAACGCUUGGAGUGUUUACAGGCACAUGUACAAAGACCAUAGAAAGACAAGCGAGGAAGUAAGAAGGUUAAGGAGUCAGAUUCAAAAGCAACAUAUUUAUUCUGAGGAAGAUAACACUAAGACUGAUGACAGCAUAGAAGAAACAGUUGAUAGUGAUGAAAAAGAGAUGAAAGAAUUUGAAGAACGUCAUAAGUGCGAAUGUUGCGGGAGGCAGUUUGAGAGAAAAGUGGCAAUGUUAUCACAUUAUACAUCGUGCUUGAGGAAAUCACGUAGUGAUAAAUUAGAUAAUAAAAAAAGACAUUUUCCUUCAGAAGUGCCUUCAUCUACUCCAAGCCAGUUGAAAAUAAUGGUUCGAACAGAUUAUAAAAAGCAAAAACUGUCGGCACCUGAUAACCUUUUAGACAAUCUUUUACAGCCCAAGAUAGUAUUAACGAAGACUGAUUCUUUCAUUUCGCCUGAAAGUCAUAAGCAAAAUAUAUCAAACAAUGUCGAUACACAAGGUAUAUUGAAUAAAUCAGAAUCUAAGCUCGAAACGAAAAUUCGGGAGCUUCACCACAUCCGAUUACAAUUAGGAACCGGGAAUAAUAAAGUUCAGAAAUGUGACAGAUUAAUGGCUUCGAAUCCUCACAUUAUUAAUAUAAGUUCGGACGAGUUCGAGUACGAUGACGAAAGUGAGACUGCGGAACUUAAUCAAAAGUCGAGUGAUAAAAAAGCCGAUGAUUCAACAACAGAUGAUGUUGGAAGUAUAUUAACAGAUGAGUAUAGGUUUGGAUCAGGAGAAGAAGAAGAAGAGCGUGAAGGUGAGGAAGUAUUGGGCCGUAGAGAAAAUGGCAAAGAAAUAAUCACCACAGAUAACAAAUUUGAACCAGUUGAAAAUGGGGGAGAGAAUCUAGACCAUCUGAUAGAUAAACAGCCUGAAUUAGUUUACCUAAUUAGCGAUUCGGAAGAUGAUUCUUUUAGAGUACAAGAUCAACGUAGUAUAGUCGAACCUGAAAGUACAAUAAAUGACGAAGAAGAAAGUCCAUCUAUUGUGAGAAACGAUAUUUCCCCCAGGAAUACAUUAAAUGAUACUUCUAUUUCAAGUACAGAGCUUUCGCCUGUAAUAAAUGGAGUAGAAUAUCAUGAAGUUGAAGGUGAAGAGGAAAAUUCUAGUUCUUAUUUAAAGGAUUGGUGGACGAUCAGGAAGAUAGAUACUUAUAUUGACCGCUCAAAAAAGAAAUGUGUCAUAUGUUUCAAAGUGUUUUCUAGGGUGCAGUUUGUUAGGCGGCACGUUGCCCGACACUUUGGCAUAACUAAUUACAGAUGUAAACUCUGCGACCUUGAGUGUUUCCUCCGUGCUGACAUUCUUAGCCAUAUGUUAAAAGCUCAUAAUCUUAAGUACCCUCGGAACAUUAACAGUGAGUACUGUGAGAGGGUCUUCCCUAAGGAAUCCUCUUUCAGCAAGUUUCCGCUUGCUCUUGAUGAUUCAAAUGAUGACGAGAUGCCUGAAGAACAGCAGAUGUCUAACGGGCAUGACAGGGAUGCCAAAAUCUCCAGUAGCUCGUCGCUGCUGGAUUUGGACGAUGGGCUCUGCGCGGACCAAGAAAAUGAAAAAAAUACAAAAACCAAUCCCUAUGAUACUGACUUAGACGAUCUAGUCAAUACAGAGAGCCCAAGUGAUGAAAAGCUUAAAGCACUUAUGAUGGAAGUCAUUUUUGGAACAAAGCCUGAUGAAACUGGUAACCUGUAACCAAGUUUUUUGAAGUUAUCUUAUAAGAGGAAGAAAAGGAAGCAUUAUUUUUUUGGAUAUCUCAGAAGUAAGCACUAAAGAGAUAUCUUUCAUAAAAGAGUUUCUAUCGCUCGAUAAUUGUUCCUUGAGUACAAGCUCAGUUAUGUGAUUUCUUUUUCAAAAUGAAAUUCAAGAGACAAAUAUGAUUAAUAAUCUGUUUAACAAAAAAUAAACAAAUAAAUAAAGAAAUUGAACAUUUUUGCAAGAGGAUUAUCAGAAUUGAUAUUAUAAAGGACAUGUACAUGUGUAUUUAGAUUCAUUAUUAAACCAUAGUUCCUAGUGGGGGGGGGGGGUUAUGUCUCUUAUAAAAGUUGCCAAACUAGAAUGUAGACACCUUAUUCAGGUAGGAAUGUAUAUUUAUUUUCUUAACAUUCAAAUUAUUUUGACAAUUUUUUUUUUUAAACUUUACACCUGUAUUUAACACUUUCUGUGAUUUUUUUAUGUAUAAAGUAUGGAAGGUAAGAGGAAAAUAAAUUAAUUGUGAUUUAAAUUAAGAGUGAUGAUUAUUGUACAUUUUGUGCUGGUGUAUAUAUUUUUUAUUUUUUGAAAAAAAUGUUUAUUUUAGUUUUAUGGUUUAUUGAGAAGUUAGAAGUUUGAAAUAUCUGUUAUAUAACAAAAUUGUUUUGUAUUUUAUAAAAGGCUAUAACAUUAUAUUUUUCUUUCUCCAAAACAGGUAUUAAAUGUGAAUUGUUACCUGUAUUAUUAUUUAAAUAUUUGGCCAGAAUAUAUUUUCAAACAAUAAAUAAUAUCUUUAUGGCAUGUUUUCCAGUUGUCUCUCCCAAAAUGUUUACAGCAUAAAAGGAAUAAUGUACAUUCAUAAUUUAAAGCAUUAUUUUUAGCCUAAUUGUUUUUAAGAUCAAAUAACGAUAUUGCAAAAUUUAUGUUACAUAUUAAUAUCUUAAAUUAAAACAAAACAAAAACCAGUUUUAUUUGUAAAAUAACUUCUGUGUCAAAAAAUGUCAAGAGAUCACAUUUGAAUAAAAUUGGAUGCAAAAUUCUAAUCAAUAUCGAUCUCGAAUUCAAUAACUUGGAAAAAUAUAAUAAUUUUCUAUGACAAUAAAAUUUAAAAUAAUCUCA